UCUGCUUUAGAUUGAGCGUCUAUAUAUAUGUAUGUCUCUGUGUUUGCAUUUCUGGCUAAAACUGGAAGGAGAACAGAGCCCAUACCAUUUUUUACAGGUCUGGUGAAAGUGGGCUUGAAGCUUCUCUUUUGAGAUCAUCAAUGGCUGUUUUCAUGGUGGUUCUUGUCUUAUUCUUUUUGGUGCUCUGCACCUGUGCUUCUUUGUUGAGAUGGAAUGAGGUUAGAUAUAUGAAGAAGGGUCUUCCUCCUGGCACAAUGGGUUGGCCUAUCUUUGGAGAAACCACUGAGUUCCUCAAACAUGGUCCCAACUUUAUGAAAAACAAGAGAGCAAGGUAUGGCAGUUUUUUCAAAUCACAUAUUCUGGGGUGUCCUACAAUUGUUUCCAUGGAUCCAGAGGUGAACAGAUACAUAUUGAUGAAUGAGGCAAAAGGGUUAGUCCCUGGCUACCCUCAAUCCAUGCUUGAUAUCUUGGGUAAAUCCAACAUUGCAGCCGUUCAUGGUUCUACCCACAAGCAAAUGAGAGGUGCAUUGCUUGCUCUAAUCAGUCCUUCAAUCAUCAGAGACCAGCUUUUGCCUAAAAUUGAUGAUUUCAUGAGAACCCACCUUGCAGAUUGGGAUAAAAAAAUCAUCAACAUUCAAGAUAAGACUAAAGAGAUGGCACUCCUUUCAUCACUCAAGCAGAUAGCUGGUGUUGAAUCAAGUCCAAAGGCCAACGAAUUCAUGGCUGAAUUCUUCAAGCUUGUGCUAGGAACCUUGUCUCUUCCUAUUGAUCUUCCAGGCACAAAUUAUCGUCGUGGAUUCCAGGCAAGAAAAAACAUUAUUAGCAUGCUAAGAGAGCUGAUAGAAGAGAGAAGGGCUUCUCCAGAAACCCACCAAGACAUGCUUCAUUAUUUGAUGGGAAAUGAAGAAAGUAGAUAUCGAUUAAGUGAUGAACAGAUAAUUGAUCAAAUAAUUACAAUACUGUAUUCUGGGUACGAGACGGUUUCAACUACUUCAAUGAUGGCAGUCAAGUAUCUGCAUGAUCAUCCAAGAGUUCUACAAGAACUUAGAAAAGAACAUAUUGCAAUUAGACAAAGGAAAAGGCCGGAGGAUCCUAUUGAAUGGAGUGACCUUAAAUCGAUGCGAUUUACACGAGCGGUGAUCUUUGAGACUUCAAGAUUAGCUACAAUUGUUAAUGGAGUUUUGAGGAAAACUACUCAAGAAAUGGAAGUGAAUGGAUUUGUGAUUCCAAAAGGAUGGAGAAUUUAUGUUUAUACCAGAGAGAUAAAUUAUGACCCAUAUCUAUAUCCUGAUCCACUAGCAUUCAAUCCAUGGCGAUGGCUGGACAAGGGUUUGGAGUCACAAAGUUACUUCUUGAUAUUUGGUGGGGGAAGCAGACAAUGCCCUGGGAAAGAACUAGGCAUAGCAGAAAUUUCUACUUUUCUUCACUACUUUGUAACUAGAUACAGAUGGGAAGAAGUUGGAGGAGACAAACUGAUGAAAUUUCCAAGAGUUGAAGCACCUAAUGGACUUCACAUUAGAGUCUACUCAUCUUACUGAAAAGGG